AUGCACAAUGAAUUUACAGCACUUCUAGAUGAUGAUGAAGAGUGGUUCAAUAUACCUCCAAUUCUUCGGAAGCUGUUUCGCCUAAUGAGUGAGGAGGAGGGAAUCUCACGAAAACUCAUUGAAACUCUCCGAGUGGAGCAGGACGAGACGAACACACACGUAAGAAAGUUGUUUCAAAAGCAGACAAAUAUGGAAAUUGAUGUGGCUAAAAAUGCAUUGAUGACAAAUAUUAAGUCGAAAAGCGAUGAGGAGUAUAAACUGAUAGAAAGUCUGAAAAGCUUAAAAAAGAAGGUGUCGAAGAAUCAAGAGGAUUUAAAGCAUACCCAGGAGAAGAUCAAACUUUUACCAGAUGAAGAUUUAAUAAUCUCACGAAUAGAUGCUCGCGUUGCUGAAGCGAUUGAAUCAGUUGAUAAUAAAAUUUGUGAUGUCAUGACUCAAUUCGAUGCGCAAAGGAUUCUGGUUAAUGAUGUUAUCUCGAAGUCUAAUGAGUCGAUUGAAUCUUUCAAUUUCCUGAAGAAGGAACAUGCAGAAACCAAUAGAUUGACGCUUGAGCAUACUUCCAGGUUGCUAGAUCUCGAGACGAAGGUGGAUCGUCUCUUUAAACUGAUUGAGGAAUGCGAAGAGUGUAGUCGAAAUUUUUCACGACUUUCAAAAGAGUUUUCGGAUUACGAGGCCGUUUGCGAAAAGCGCUUUAAAAGCAUGUUCAACUCUUUCGAAAAAAUCGAUGCCAUAUGUGAAAAACAACGCACUUUAACAGAUGAUUUAAUGCAGCGUUGUGCUGCAGAUACUGGCGAAAAAGUUUCUUCGCUUCGUGGGGAAAUUCACAGAAUAACGAUGGAAGCCCACGACUUCGUGACUAGCGCUACCACGUUAAUGAGAAAGGAUAUUGUGACAUUACAGGAUAGUGUUCAGUCCUUGAAAAAAAAAUCGAAUGAUAAUUGCGAUUUCAUCGAAAAGACUCAAACAGCUAUGAGUGCAAACACUAAGCAGGUUGCACGACUAGAGUCUGUUCUAAGUAAGUUGGAGGGACAAUUCAUUAAAUUCUCGGAUGUUUUGGAUAGGAAUAAAAGGUCAGAGGCGAACCAAUUACAGGCGUUUGCAGAGGAAAGAAACCAGAUGCUGAAUGAAAUCACGCAACUCAAGAAUCAAACUGAACAUAUUGACACUCGUGUUGGCGAUGUACGGGCUUUUUGCAAAAAAGUGACCGAUACGCUUCAACAUAAUAUUGAGCAACUCCGAAGCUCGAUCCACGAGAUCUCCGAGGGGCAACUCCGGACAGAUGCGCAAAGCGAACGUUUGCACAGACUUGUUGGUAGUAUUUCUGACGCAAUGGAUAAGCUAGAAACAGCAAUGGUUCAGCGGUGCACAUUAUUACAAAAACAGGAAGAGCAGCGGAAAUUAUUUACUGAAAGUGAAGAAAAAGAGAGAAUGUUAGCGUUAUGUGAGCACUUACGCGCGACCCUUACGGACACAACCAAGGAGAUACACCAUGAAGUUGAUGAACGUCAUGCAUGUGUGGAGAAUUUAGACAGGCAACUAAAGGCUGCUAAUUUGAAAAUACGAAAUCUUGAGGAAAUUAUUAGCACAGCAACUCAAAAGAUAGAAUACCUUCAGCAAAACCAUUCCACCUGGAAGUCUUGGCAGGAGGAAGCUUUAAAGGAGGUUUCGCCUGUGUUAAUGGAGGUGGAAGCAAUAAAGCGUCGAAUUGCCUUUAUUGAGACGAAAAUAUCUGACCUGAACUGCGAUAUCAGCAAUGAUAAAAUAGGCAUGUCAGUACGAUUGCUUAGGGAAUCAGUUGAGGAAGGCAACCACCGUGUGCAAGACCUCUCGCGUCGUUUACUUUCAUUAGAGAAGCGGUUCUCAACUUUCACUAGCGAUGUUCAUGACAUGGAUGAUCGACUUCAAGGCUCCGAAAACCUGACAUCCAAACUUGGUCAUGACUUGACUCGUGCACUGGAGAACAUAGUGGAGGAAGGGAACACCAUAACGCGUAUACAAACUUUCACUGAUACGCGUUUUGAGGAGCUGAGCGCCAAGAUAGCGAUCUUGGACCAGAAAAUGAACCAGUCAGUCUCUGCAAUCCACCCUUCAUUUGCUCCACCUUCAACAAAUGUCGAGGAAUUUCUUCACGAAUGGCGGCAACGUAUAGGGGAAGAGCUGUUCGCCAAACAGCAAGGACUCAUAAUGCGUGUUGACGAAUUGGAUAGGUUAGUACAGAAGUGGAGCGGUGCCGCGCCAAGUAGAGAUCUACAGGCAUGUGAGAAUGGAAUGCUUACGCAAGUUGAUUCUGGCUGUGCCAACAACAAUGUUGUCAACAAGGAAGGCACGAUGAAAAAUAACGACGCAUUUACGCCUGCUCUCGAAUGCAUCACGCGAGAGAUUCAAAGCUUAUGGCAAGCUCUUCAUACUAUUCAUUCGCCCGACUUGGGGAUUUCCGAAGGAGAUGCCGCACACCAACACAGAGGUGAUAGUCCGCAGUGCUUGCAAACCGACGUGUUGCCGCAUCCUGUGCAUGAUAUUGCUGAAAUUGAAAAGGUAGUGGAGACUUGCGUAAAAUUCAACUUGCUUAACCUUACCACUAAACUUGGUACCGAUCUUAGUGAAAGUGUUGAUGAGCAGUGCGACCUCCUCAGCAGAAAGUAUGCAGAACAAGCAGAGAAUUUAGAAAGUGCAUUGGAAACGAUACAGAGCUCCCUAGAGCAGUUACAGGACCGUUUUGAUGCAAAAAGUUCCGACCUAGAGGCCAACCUGAAUGAACACCAGGGACGCCUAGACACCAUGGAGUCCGUUCUGAGAAAUCUUUUAGAUAAAUACAAACAACUAAUCGAAGAUGUCCGUUGUCUUCAAGAGAUUCUGCGGAAUUUCCCAUGUGGACCGGAAGGGGGGAGGGGAAAAUCGCCGGAAGAAACUCGAAUUCAAUUGGAUGACCUUACCAAGGAUGAUUUUACACAUUUAGAAAUGAGGAUACGACAGCUAGAGGAGGAUGUUCAGCGUUUGCCAUUAGCGGGGUUGCUUGUUUCGCAAACACCAUCUGCCUCUGUUAUGGUAGGAGAGGCUGAUCCACGAAAGGAGGAUGUACUACCGGAGCUGCUACGUCGCGAAACAAAUUUAUUAGAAGAGCGCAUGAAUGCCGCGUUUUGCACAAAGGUUCUCCUGGAGGAGCGAUUCGCAACCCUUCAGAAGUCUAUUGAGAACUUGCUGGAAUACAAAGAGGAUAAGGAUGCAGCGGAUGAUAAAAUAGACGAGCUUCACGAGCUAAUUACGGAAGAGAUGAGUAUUCAAUUUCGUAAGCUUCAAAAUGAUUUUAUGAACAUGAUGGCGGAGAAGGUGAGUUUGAAUGAACUCCAGGAAAUCUUAGAUAGGGAUGCUUGUGAAGUUGCAUAG